AGCAUGUACAGGGUGAAAAGCAAUGGUCCUAGUACUGAGCCUUGUGGUACUCCAUACUGAACUUGUGAAAGCACUGCAGCAAUGUCUUGCUGGAGCCCGGUGAAGCCUGUCACUCCAGAGGAGAAGCACAUCUGCCUUGAGAUGAAGUCACAAGUAGAGACGUUGGCUGGGGGAAAUUUUGCCGUUUACAUUCCUGUAGAUUUUAUUUCCAAAAAUGAGGGUGAAAUAAACUACACAUUUGUGAUAAAGGUGGACGUUGGAGGAGACAAGUGUCUUCAUGCAAAGAUAUUUGAAUCAGGUGGUGGAGAACUGGAUGUGCAAGAUAUCCGCUACCCAAAAUCCUGCAGCAACACUCUGGUCCCCUUCUAA